AACCCAAAAUGCAAAGACUAAAACAGACAACAUUUUUCACUCUUAAAAAGUUUGAAUAAUGACAGCUCAUAUUUGUCAGAUACAAGACAAAACUUCACCAUAGUGCUCAGGAUGUGAUUUCCUCUGUUCCAGCUGCACUAUGCCUUCCUGGGAGAGGCACGCAUGUCAGAGAAAAACUUUAUCUGCAUGUGCCAUUACUUCUCUUGUUCUUUCGGUGGGACUGCUGAUGUUUGCUGUCAUAUAUCUGACACACAGCUGGCAGGAUAUUGUUGGAGAGCAUUCUAUUCAGGAUCUGACCUAUGACCAGAAUGACGACAUGUAUGACAACUGCAGAUCCAAAGCUAUAGUUGUGACUGAUAAAGCCAUAAUGCAGAAAUGGAAUACCCGUACAAACUUCAGUCAAGCAUGGAGCAAUGCAGAGCAAAAAGCUAAAGAGCCUGCACACAGCUACAUGGAGAAACAUCAUUCGAUUGCCAUAUACAUGUACACAAAUAUUAUGCUGCAACCUGUCAAGCAAGACCUUGAGACUGCAGAAAGAACUGGAAAACAACUAAAGGAGACAUUUGAGUCCCGCUCCCUAUAUUUUUCCCUAAGUGAAGCCGUUCAGAUUCUGAAGCACAGUCAGGUGACAUGUCUGAGUACAAAUUACAGAACAGAGGCACUUUUAAAUCUGAACAUCUCUAACAAACAGAUUCGGUUCAGCACCUUCAUAUUAGGUUCUGACGGGUGGAACUUCACAAGGAAUGCUUCAUGUUUUGAACUAUACACAUGUUUUGGUGCUGACAUAACACAUUACUCAGCCUUGAAACAAAACAGCCAGGUGCUAAUUCCUCCCUAUGAGGUUUUCAAAGUGACUAACAUCGAGACAGAUACACAGACGUGUAAAGUCGUCUACAGACUGAAGAGCAACCUGAACUGUGUUUAUGAUAGAGAGAGAAAUACAUUGCAUCCAAUAUCUGCACUACCAGUGAAUGGAUUUUGGCUAAUUUUUACCAUCACUUGUAUGAUUAUUGUAUCUCUUUUGCUACCAUUUGUCAUUGUGAAGGUUUUAGAAAACCAGAAGAAAACCGCUAUUUACAGUGCUUCAUCUUUGCAUAACAGUACUAGCUAUCCUGCUAGAGUUGACAUUUAAAGGGCAAGGUUUAGAUGACCUUUAGUAAUGUCAGAAAUCACAUUGUGGCCUGGAGUAGGCUGACAUUUCUGUGUUUUAAAACUUCAUGUAUAGGGGGAAAUAUGGUUAUAGCAUUCAUCCCAACUAACAUAUUACAUACUUGCAAUGUACACAUUGAGGAAAUUUGCAUAAUUUCAUUAUGUAACAUUUACAAGUGCUGUUGGUCAUUAUCUUAUUUAUAAAUGAAGCCCACAUUUCAGACUCACAUGUUGUGUUGAAAUAAAGUGCUCUGUUACUCGAA